AUGAAGUUUACUGCCACCUUCUUAAGCACCUUGGCUGCCACCGUGGUCACGACCGCCAUUGCUCGCCCCUAUGUUGCUGACCCCACCGUAGACGAUGCCAACUUUGGGGUCUUUGCGCGUCAGGAUGCCGUCGCCUCCAACGAAACCUUCGUCCCUCCUACUAUCACGAGCCCAGCUUCUCGUUCCCUGCAGCCUGAUUUUCCCAUUCACGAGUCGUGCAACAAGUCGCAACGUAUGCAGCUGGAGCGUGGUUUGUUCGACCUGAAGAGAUUGUUGCGAGGCGCUGCGGACCACAUUCUGCUGCACGGCAACCAGUCGGAAGUGUAUCAAACAUACUUCGGAGAAGGUUCUGAUCCUAGCGUACCUCUUGGAAUCUACCUGCGAGUUCUCGAGUCGGACAAGAGUGCCACUCUUUUCCGCUGCGAUGACCCUGAUCGCAACUGCGAGACGCAGCCAACUUACAAUGGUCAUUGGCGGGGAAACAAGUGAGUCGAGAAGAUUUACCGUGGCGUCAGCAUGGCAAAUGGUUGAGCUAAGCGUCUCCUCUGCUCUGCUUAUCGUAGCGCCACCGGAGAGACGGUCAUCUGCCCUCUGUCUUUCCAAACUCGCUUGCCCAUCGAGAAGGCUUGCGCGAAUGGUUUUUCGCUGAUUCAUGACAAUGUAAAUGUCUACUGGGCCACCGAUCUGCUGCACCGCGCCAUGCACCUGCCAACGAUGACCAACGACCACGUUGGCCACACGGCAGACGAGUAUCCGGCCCUUCUAGACUUGGCCAAGAACAACGUGACGGAGAGCGUCAAAAACCAGCAUUCGCUGCAAGACUUUGCGUUUGAAGCGUUUGUGCGCGCCAACAUCGACGAGCAGGGUUGCCCUGCGGAUAGGCAUCACGAGGAGCACGAUCACGAUCACGACCACGACCAUGACGAUCACGAUCUCGACGCCUCUCCCACAAGCACGAUUUCAGCGACGAGCACCUCAGCCAGCGCCACAGCUGCAGCACAGGACUGCCACACCCACGCUGACGGCACUGUCCACUGUGUUUGA